AUGGCGUUACAGCUGAUCAACGGCAACUACAGCUACGUCCCCGUGGUGGAGCUCGCUGAGGUGCGCAACCUCAUCGACACCAAGGAUCGCAAGUGGGCUUUGGUCAGGUCCAUCGCGAAGCAGCCCGACUUUGUCCGGAGCACGGAGUCGUACGUCGUCUACCUCGGCGGUCACUCGCAUGGCCGGGCGGGCGCGGCGCUGGCGUCCUGCCGGGAGCGCGCCAGGAGGUCGCACUACGCGCUCCUGGGCUCCGUCCUGCGCAGCGAGGCCAGGGCCAGGGACGCCAUCUUCUACUCCUACACCCGCUACAUCAACGGCUUCGCCGCGACGCUGGAGGAGGACGAGGCGGCGGAGGUCUCCAGGCAUCCGCGCGUGGUCUCGGUGUUCCCGAACCGAGGCCACCCGCUGCACACGACGCGGUCGUGGGAGUUCCUCGGGAUGGAGGAGGAGGGUGGCCGGGUGAGGCCCGGCUCCAUCUGGGCCAAGGCGAAGUUCAGCGAAGGCGUCGUCAUCGGCAAUCUCGACACCGGGGUGUGGCCGGAGGCCGGCAGCUUCAGGGACGACGGCAUGGGACCGGCGCCGGCCGGGUGGCGGGGAAUCUGCCAGGACCAGCAGGCCUCUGACGACGCGCAGGUUCGCUGCAACAGGAAGCUGAUCGGCGCGCGGUUCUUCAACAAGGGGUACCUGGCGACGGGCGCCAACCUCUUCGGGUACGGCAACGGCACGGCCAAGGGUGGGGCUCCGCGGGCGCACGCCGCGGCGUACAAGGUGUGCUGGCGCCCCGUGAACGGCAGCGAGUGCUUCGACGCCGACAUCAUCGCGGCGUUCGACGCCGCCAUCCACGACGGGGUGCACGUGCUCUCCGUGUCCCUGGGAGGCUCCCCCGCGGACUACUUCCGCGACGGCGUGGCCAUCGGGUUGUUCCACGCGGCCAGGCACGGCGUCACCGUGGUGUGCUCGGUCGGCAACUCGGGCCCCGCCGCCGGCACCGUGUCCAACACCGCGCCGUGGCUGCUCACCGUGGGCGCCAGCACCAUGGACAGGGAGUCCCCGCGUACCUGGUCCUCGACAACAACAAGCGGAUCAAAGUCAGGACAAAAUCUCUCGCCGACGCGCCUUCCUGGCAACAAGUACUACAAGCUGAUCAGCUCGGAAGAAGCAAAGGGAGCCAAUGCAACAGUAACGCAAGCGAAAUUGUGCAUUAAGGGAUCACUGGACAAGGCCAAGGUCAAAGGGAAGAUCGUUGUGUGCAUCCGUGGUAAGAAUGCGCGAGUGGAGAAAGACGCCGACGCACACGUUCUCCCUGCCACGCACAUCACCUACGCUGAUGGAGUCAAGCUUUUGGCCUACCUGAACUCUACAAGAUCGGCAUCCGGCUACAUCACCGUCCCCUACACCGCACUGGACACGAAGCCGGCGCCGUUCAUGGCCGCCUUCUCGUCGCAGGGGCCCAACACCGUCACACCUCAGAUCCUCAAGCCUGACAUCACCGCGCCGGGGGUCAGCAUCCUUGCGGCGUUCACCGGGCAGGCGGGGCCGACCGGGCUCGCCUUCGACGACCGCCGCGUCCUCUUCAACGCCGAGUCCGGCACCUCCAUGUCGUGCCCGCAUGUCGCCGGCAUUGCCGGACUCCUCAAGGCUCUCCACCCUGACUGGAGCCCUGCUGCGAUCAAGUCGGCGAUCAUGACAACCGCCAGGGUGCGGGACAACAUGAGGAAGCCGAUGAGCAACUCGUCCUUCCUCCGCGCGACGCCGUUCGGCUACGGCGCGGGGCACGUGCAGCCCAACCGCGCCGCGGACCCGGGCCUCGUCUACGACGCCAACGCCACGGACUACCUCGGCUUCCUCUGCGCGCUGGGCUACAACUCCUCGGUGAUCGCCACGUUCAUGGCCGGCGCCGGCGACGGCCACGGCCACGCGGCGCACGCCUGCCCGGCCCGGGCCCCGAGGCCGGAGGACCUCAACUACCCGUCGGUCGCGGUGCCGCACCUGUCCCCCACCGGCGCCGUGCACACCGUCACGAGGAGGGUGAGGAACGUCGGCCCCGGCGCCGCCGCUUACGACGCGAGGGUCCACGCGCCGCGUGGCUUGGCGGUGGACGUGCGGCCGAGGCGGCUCGAGUUCGCCGCGGCGGGGGAGGAGAAGCAGUUCGCCGUCACGUUCAGGGCCAGGGAAGGGUUCUUCCUCCCGGGGGAGUACGUGUUCGGGCGGCUGGUGUGGUCGGACGGACGCGGCAGGCACCGCGUGAGGAGCCCCCUGGUGGUGAGGGUAGUGGACAGCAAGAAGAAGCCCAUUUCCAUAGCUUGA